AUGGCCACCGCACGCAAGGUCCAGUUAACGACGUCCGACUCGGGCGUGUUCUCGUCUGGUAUCAGAGAGGAUUCAGCGCAGGUGGCAAGCGAGCUUUUGCAGGAGAAUCUGGAAAAUCAUCAUGUGUACUUCAAUAAUAUGGGGUUUCAUAACCAUAUUGUUCAUCACCUCUUGAGCAUCUUCGCCCUAGGCGCAACCCCGGAGGAGAUCAGGGAUGCGUACAACCGAAACAAAGGGUACCAGAGACCGGCUCUGCCAGCUGACGAGGCUGUCAUCCAGUCAUUGUAUGAUAAGGAGGGAUUCAAGAAGUACCUUGGAAGGGACAAGAACUAUCCCAGUUACUUGGCCUUUUUCCAGCAAGAGAUUGAGAAGAAAGGCGUUGAGAAGGUUCUCAAUGAGUAUUUGUUCUCUGGGGAGGACAAUGCGGAGAACUUGUUGGCUCGGUUGUUUGGAGGACUCAUCCACCCCCUGAUCCAUCUUGGAUUCGGAAUUGAGUUCAACCAGCCCGCCAUCAUAGCCGAAGCUCUUGCUCAGGCAGCGAUCCAUGAAGACUGGUCUGGUCCGAGGUUCCUCUGGCCAGCUGAAAAGCUUGCCGGGGGCAUUGGAAAGCCGGGAAAGAAGACUCUGCUUCAGAUCCUGGAGGAAAUUCGCGGGGACGAAAAUUUGACCCGUUCUGCCCAUUGGGAGGAUGGUAACAAGAUGAGGGACGGAGUUCUUCGACGAGCUCCGGAUGAGAUGCUCAAAUAUGCCGCGGAAUUUACUGUCUCUGAGGACCAAGUGGAAGAGAAAUUGGCCGAGAUGACCAAUGCAGUCGUGUAUUAUAGCAGUGCGGCUCAAAACCCCCCGAAGCAGGUCAAAUUCGACUUCUUCCUCAUCCAUUGUCUGAACUCGUCCAUCUUCUUUUCGAAGAUCGUGUCGCUUCCAUUCCUGGACAUCAAAACCCGACUGCGCCUUCUUGAAUGGAAAGGACGCUUGGAUCUCCUGCUCUAUGUCUCUCGUGGGGCUCCUCAGCUUCUCGUGGAUGAAGUGACGACGUAUCCGGCUUCAAAAAGCUGGGAGACGAUUUUCAAACAUUGCGUUGCCCACCCUAGCGACGACGGACACUUGCCGAAAUUGGCCAGAGCCGUAGCUCAUGGCGAAGAUGUGUGUCGUAAGUUUGAGAGUCAAGCUACGGAGAGAGGCCUCAAAAUCACGGGUGAUAUGUGGUUGAGGAUUGGUAAUAUGGUCAUGGAUUCGACCUCGGACCAAGGACCACUGUGGGUCCGCUCAACGGGUUUCAAAGAGGCCUGGGCGGAAUUCCCAGAGCGACGGCACCGGCUGUGA